AUGGGAGAUCACCUUGACCUUCUCAUAGGAGUGGUGCUCAUGGCCAGUCCUGUGUUUGGAAUUUCCUCCUGCUCCUUGGAUGGUCGGAUAGCCUUAUAUCGCUUCUGCAACCUCACCCAGGUCCCCCAGAUCCUCAACACCACCGACAGCCUCCUGCUAAGCUUCAACUAUAUCAGGACAAUCACUGCGACAUCAUUCCCAUUCCUGGAGCAGCUACAGCUGCUGGAGCUCGGGACCCAGUUUACCCCCUUGACUAUUGACAGAGAGGCCUUCAGAAACCUGCCUAAUCUUAGAAUCUUGGACCUGGGCAAAAGUCAGAUAGACUUCUUACAUCCAGAUGCUUUUCAGGGACUGUCUCAUCUGUUUGAACUUAGACUGUUUUCCUGUGGUCUCUCAGAUGCUGUAUUAAAAGAAGGCUAUUUCAGAAAUUUAAAGUCUUUAACUCGCUUGGAUCUAUCCAUAAAUCAGAUUGGUAGCCUUUACCUUCAUCUUUCAUUUCAGGAAUUGAAUUCCUUAAAAUCCAUAGAUCUUUCCCUCAACCAAAUAUUCACUGUAUGUGAGAGCGAUCUCAAGCCCCUCCAAGGGAAAAUGCUCUCCUUUUUUAGCCUCGCGGAUAACAGCCUGUACAGCAGAGUCCCGGUGGACUGGCAGAAAUGUAUGAACCCAUUCAGAAACAUGGUGCUGGAAACGCUAGAUGUUUCUGGCAACGGCUGGACAGUGGACAUCGCAGGAAACUUUAGCAAUGCCAUCAGUGGCAGCCAGACUUUCUCUCUGGUUCUUGCCCACCACGUUAUGGGUUCUGGAUUUGGCUUCCAUAACAUCAAAGAUCCUGACCAGAACACAUUUGCUGGCCUGGCCAGAAGCUCAGUGACACGCCUGGAUCUUUCUCAUGGGUUUAUCUUCUCCCUGAACUCCCGGCUCUUUGAGACACUCAAGGACUUGAAUGUUCUGAACCUCGCCCACAACAAGAUAAACAAGAUCGCAGAUGAAGCAUUUUAUGGACUCAGCAACCUCCAGAUUCUCAAUAUGUCAUAUAAUCUUCUGGGGGAACUUUAUAAUUCCAAUUUCUAUGGACUACCUAACAUAGCCUACGUUGACCUUCGAAAGAAUCACAUUGGGAUAAUUCAGGACCAAACAUUCAAAUUCCUGGAAAAAUUAAAUACCUUGGAUCUCCGGGACAAUGCUCUUAAAACCAUUUAUUUUAUUCCAAGCAUACCUAAUAUCUUCUUGGGUGGCAAUAAACUGGUGAUUUUGCCAAACAUCAGCCUUACAGCCAACUUCAUCCAGUUAUCAGAGAACAAGCUAGAGAAACUGGAUGAUCUCUACUUCCUUCUCCAGGUUCCUCAUCUCCAGAUUCUUAUUUUAAAUCAAAAUCGCUUUUCCUCCUGUAGUCGAAAUCAAAGUCAUACCCUUCCAGAGAAUCUCAGCUUGGAACAACUUUUCCUUGGAGAAAAUAUGUUGCAACUUGCCUGGGAAGCAGGGCUCUGUUGGGAUGUUUUUAAGGGGCUUUCCCAUCUCCAAGUUCUGUAUUUGAAUAAUAACUACCUUAAUUUCCUUCCACCUGGAGUGUUUAGUGAUCUGACUGCAUUAAGGGGACUUAGCCUCAACUCCAACAGGUUGACAGUUCUUUCUCCUGGCGAUUUACCUGCUAAUUUAGAAAUCUUGGAUGUAUCCAGAAACCAGCUCCUAUCUCCUGAUCCUAAGUUAUUUGUAUCACUUAGUGUCUUGGACAUAACUCAUAACAAGUUCGUUUGUGCGUGUGAACUUACCACUUUUAUCAAUUGGCUCAAUCAAACCAGUGUCACCAUAUUUGGGUCUCCCGCAGACAUAUACUGCACGUACCCUAACUCAUUCUUUGGGGUUUCCCUCUACUCUAUUUCCACAGAGGGUUGUGAUGAAGAGGAGGUCUUAAAGUCCCUAAGGUUUGCCCUUUUCAUCUUAUUCACUGUCACUUUGACUCUGUUCUUCAUGACUGUCCUUAUAGUCACGAAGUUCCGGGGCUUUUGUUUCAUCUGUUAUAAGACAGCACAGAGACUGGUGUUCAAGGACCAUUCCCAAAGAACAGAACCUGAUGCAUACAAAUAUGAUGCCUAUUUGUGCUUCAGUAGCAAAGACUUCGAAUGGGUACAGAAUGCUUUGCUCAAACACCUGGAUACCCAGUACAGUGAGCAAAACAGAUUUAAUCUGUGCUUUGAAGAAAGAGAUUUUGUCCCAGGGGAAAACCACAUCGCCAACAUCCAGGAUGCUGUCUGGAGCAGCAGAAAGAUUGUUUGUCUUGUGAGCAGACACUUCCUUAGAGAUGGCUGGUGCCUUGAAGCCUUCAGUUACGCUCAGAGCAGGUGCUUAUGUGACCUCAGCAGUGUCCUCAUCAUGGUGGUGGUCGGGUCCCUGUCCCAGUACCAGUUGAUGAAGCAUCAGUCCAUCAGAGGGUUUGUCCAGAAAUGGCAGUACUUGAGGUGGCCCGAGGAUCUCCAGGAUGUUGGCUGGUUUCUUAAUAAACUCUCUGAACAGAUACUAAAGAAAGAAAAAGAAAAGAAGAAAGGUAAUAACAUUGAGUUGCAAACUGUAGCAACCAUCACCUAG